CAGUUUUAAAAGUUGUGAUCGAAGUAUGUUGUUUGUAUCGUUUAGCUUCGUACUGAUAUAGUUCGGUUUUUUUAUUUUUUACGAGUUCGAAAUAAUUAUUUUUUUCAUCUCGAUAUUUUGUAUUUUUUGUUACUCUUGUUUCCGGGUUAUUUACCGAAAAUUUUCAUACGUCGAAUUGAGUUUAAUAUUUUUUAACACUUUCGUACGACUGCGACUGUUUUUUAGUUUCGGAAUUUUUUUUCCUACUUAUGUUUCGAGAAUUUUUAUUUUCAAGUUCGAAUUGUUUUUUAAUGAAAUAAAAAUGGCUAUCGCGUUCAGAUUGCCUUCGGACGAGUGUACCCUUGAUCAUUAUAGAAGAAUCCAGCAGCUUUUGAUGGAUUUAAUCGACUUGCUCAGAACGUUAAUUACGACCGAAACUCCAGUAACGGCUCCAUCUCCGAGUCCAAAUCCAGCACCAGUACCGGCUUCAGGCUCACAGUUUGGCUUCCCAACGCCACCGAGCAGUGUGCCAAAUUCACCUUCGCCAUUCUCACCCAGCGCUACGUCAGCUACAUCGGCUUUCCCACUGCCCGAUGUAGUCUCCAGUUCGGCCACAAUCGAAGAACUACGUAAUUUUUUGAUCUCGAGGAGCUUCGCCUCCUCAGCCACCGGUCCAGUAGUCGCUGCUCCAGUCCAAGUAGCCAACGUACCUGUACCUCAGUCAAUUGAAACCGAACCACAAGUGAUACCAGAAGAAGAGAUGGUAGUUAACCAAAGUGGAGGAUCAGUUUUAGCGAAAUUACGUAAACGAAAACGUGCCAGGGUAUCUCGUAAAAAGAAAGGCUGCCCGGAAUGCUGUCAAAACGAACCAACUUUAGCGUUGCCAUCGUCGUCGCCUGCACUUCUCAAUCAAGCUACCCAAGCCACAUCUAGUUGUUACGAUAAUAGAACCAAUGCACUUCCUACGACGAAAACCACCCAAAACGAGUGUUCCUGUAACGACGUAUCCAUGUCCGGCACCGAAGAUACCUGCGUCAGCAAUGCCAAAGCUGCGCCUAACCAUAGACAACACCAUCACCACCAUCAUCAUCGUCAGCAUCACCAAAUCACACGGAAUUACGUUCCUAACGCUUCAGAUAGUGAAUUUUACAUGGAUCCGGCGUACUGUAGACGUAUUGCUGCUGCGGCUGCCGAUGAGGCCACUGGUGGCGAUUGCAAGUCUAGUUAUUCGUGGGUGGAAGUGGCUGAAGAAUUGAGAAGAAUGUCUGAUACGAAUAAGAAGGAUGGAAAAUUGUCGAAAGACAUGAGUGAAAGUAAAGGUCUGAACGGUUUGAUAUCUCAAUGCGGUCGAACAGUUUUCGCAGCGGCUCUAUUGGUUCUCGGUUGGAAAUUAUUGAAACAAAACUAACACCUACUCCUCGCCUUUCCCUACUACGAAAAAAUAGAAGAAAAAAACAAAAAAAAAACGAAGAAGAAGAAGAAGAAGAAUUUUCUACGAUAAUUCCCAAAGAUUACCAAAUUAUCAUUUAUUGAUCUCAUGUUCGACAGAUCAUAUGAAGUCAUUUGUACCAAUUUAAGGUGUAGAGUAAAGUUAAGAAGAGUUUUGUUUUUUCUUUAGCAUUUUAUAUUUGUUUACUUUUUUUUUAACGAUUGCAUUUUCGUGUGGUUUUUAAAAUUUUUUUUUUCUAUACAGAGUAAGGUAAUUUUUAAGGGAGAUUAUGCUUAGGUACGAUUUCUUAACGAUACUUUCGACCCGUUGUUGUGUUUACACUGCGUGGUUUUUUUUUAUAUACAUAUUGGUCCGAUGAUUGAAUUAUAAAUAUACGAAAUGUUCACGAAAUUCGUCGAGACGGCGUUCAUAAAAUUACACACGAAAAAAAGAGUUAACUUUAAAAAGAAAUACGAGUCUUUCGAUUUUUUUAUUUACGGCCUAUUUUGUAUACUUACCUUUUUGGAACAGGAACGUUCAAUUUGUUGUUGAUGAUGGUGUUUUUUACGUAUUUAUUUUUCAAACUGAGUUUUAACUAAAUUGAGGGGUUAAUUUUUUUUUCAUUUUUUUCUUAUUUUUACAAUAUUAUUUUAUUCAAUGACUGGGAUUUUAUUUAUUUAAUGGACUUGGUAGAUUUUACGCGAAGGAGUUUUUAUAAUUACUUAUUAUAUAUAUAUUUUUUUUUACAAAGACAAUCAAAUUAUAAACAAAAUGAAGUAAGGAAUUUUUUUACUGAGGACUUGACUUUUUUUUAGAAAAUGGCUAUCGCGAAUGUAGUAAAAUAAUUAAUCCAUGACUGAAAUAACGAUUUGCCAACAUUCCAAUUCAACUAUACUGCCGAUUCUAUGUUCAUUGCUAGUUCUCUUUUUUUCAUUUUUCUAUUUUUUUUUUUUUUUUUACAUUGUUUUGUUUAUAAUUUUUUUUUAUAUUUUUGUAUAUUUGUACAUAAAACAUGUAUUUGCCACGUUAUGUGUUUUAUUUCCCUUUUUUAUUAUUAUCUUUUUAUGGUUAAGUUGGUUUUUUUUUCUUGGUUCGGGUGUAAAUCCGUAUUUAAAAGUUUUCACUGAUGAUCUCUUAUGGAUAUUUCAUUAAGAGGACUCACACGUUUUUUUUCUCUUUACGUUGGAUUACUUUUUUCCUCCUAAAUUAAGCAUUUUUAUAUAGGUAGUUCUUUUUUUUUUUUUUUUUUUUGUCUAUUAUUACUUAAUCAAAACAUAUUCGCAUUAUAUCUAUAUACAUUUUAAGUAGAGAUGUCCUCUUGUCGGUUAAUUUAUAUUUUAAUAUUAUUAAGGAUUAUUUUUCUUUCACAAUACAGUACAGGAUAAUUUUUUGGGUAUACAGGUCAAUAAACUUUUAUGUUCACUCCACCCUCCGGAUUGACUGAAAUUAGCUCCUGUUGCUCUACGACCUGCGCGGCGAGGUGUUUUAUUACAAGUGUCGAUGGUGUUAGCCACACUAAUACAUCACUUGGAAUGUAUUUCUAGUUACCCCUGAUAAAGCACCCUGCUGAAAAUUCAAGGUAAUAGAGCGACAGGAGCUAUUUUCGAUUUAUUUUAUAAGGUAUAUUAAUAAGCAUUAUGGUUUUUGGUUGGGAUAUUACCAUCAUUCUCGAUAACCGAAUCGCCCAUCAAAGCGACUCUGUGAUUUUUGCCAAAGGGCAGCACAAUUUUUUUCAUGAUGAUCUCACAUACGUGGUUUUUUUCUCGUAUAUUCGAAGUUUUUUUUUUUUAUUAUGUAAUGGAAAAUUUUUGCAAAGUGAAAAAAAAAGUGAAAAAAUGAUCAAUUGAUUAAAAUCAAAUAUAUUUUUAAGAUUUUACAACGUAAACGUACUAGUCUUGCGUAGUUCAGGAAAAAAAUUUUGUAGACUGAUUGAUACCUACCAAAAGUCGUAAUCGGAGAAAUUAUAACGCUGUCCUUUGUUGUUCGUUAAAUUUUAAGGUACUGCUUGGCCGAGUCUGGCUCUUCAAAGCGAUUGUGAUGUUUUGUAUGAUCCUUUUGUAAACCUUUAUUUACUCCUGUUUAUAUUUUUUUUUUUUACACGAUACAUCGAAUUUUUUUUCUACCCAUUUAAACUCGGUACAAUAAUUUUUUUAUACAUCGCUGUGACCAAACGAAAAAAAAAUUCAAUCGAAAACGAAAACGAAAAAUUUUAAUAUUUUAUACUGGACCAAUUUUUACGGACCCCUGGAGACGUUAUGUAUGAUGAUGUGUAGCUUCAAGUUUUUUUCAAUGUGCCGCUUGUCUUUCAUUAUUAUUUUUUAAUAUUCGGUAACAGUGUAGGAUUAUUGUGUAAUGUAAGGUUAUCAAUAGGAGUAAUAUAUUAUUUUAGCGUAGAAUUAAGCGACUUAAGCCAAGUGUUAUGAAUGUUGAAAAGCAUGAACGAUUGUUGUUUGUGUAUAAUUGGAGAUGAUGUUUUCUUUUUUUUUUAUAUAUAUUAAUGAUAAUUCGCUUUUCUCAUCUCCCUGCUAUAAUUAUGGGAACGAUGGUUGAUAAACUUCUCGAAUACUACCCGAUAGUCUUUCAAAUUCGAAGAGCAUUUUUCAGCUCUGUUACAAUAUUUUAUACUUACCUACGGCUUUUUAUCAUGUAUUUAAAUAAUUUGUCGUUCGAUGAUGAUGUGUACUAUUAUUUUCUUGAUUUUUGUUUUACUAUUAUUUUUUUCUUCUUCUCUUUUGUACAUAAUCGCAGUAAAUAUUUUUGUAAUUAAGGUUCCUUAAUCGUAAGUCGUUGUAUUUUUCCGCAUUGAAUUAUUUUUUUUUCUCCAAUUUAUACUGUAUUUUUUAAGAAGUUUGAAAAAUAUAAAUUUUUACCUAUUA